CGCUUUCUCCUCCUUCAACCCAGGUCCACCGCCAUCGCCCCGCAGCCCAGAGUGCCCUGCCGCAACGCGACCAGCCCCCACCGAGCCAAAGCAGGCGGCAUGAGGCUUGAUCCGGUGCAUCUAUCCAUGCUGCUCAUCGGGGUCUCAUUCGCCUGCUACUCCCCGAGUCUGAAUUCCCUGCAGGACCAAGCUUACAGGUCCGCCGUGGUGAUCGAGGGCAAGGUGCAGUCCACGCCUGCGGGGAACGCGUCCGUGGAGCCGUACCGUGUGAGUGUCAAAGUGCUGGAGGUCUGGCCCCUGAACAGCGGCGGUCUGGAGCGGGAGCAGCUCGUCACCGUGGGGGACUUCGGAUCCGAGGCUCCGUGCGCCAAAGUGAAAAAGAACCACAAGUACAUCUUUUUCAUGGACCCCACGGACGAGCCCUUGGUUUUCAAGGCAUCGUUCGCGCCCGUUGACACUAGUGGGAAGAACCUGAAGAAGGAUGUUGGGAGGAUCUUGUGUGAGAACUGCGUUGUUGCUCCAAAGUUGAAACCGAUCAAGAAUCCCAUCGUCGUUGGUGAGGGAAGCAAGCUUACGGUGAAGUGUGAGGCCACAGGAAAGCCUGUCCCAACCUACAGGUGGUUUAAAGAUGGCAAUGAGCUGACAAAUAGUCGAAAAGUCAAGAUCAAGUCCAACUUGAAAUCCUCCAAAGUCCAGAUCAACAGAGCGAAACUGGAGGAUUCUGGGAAUUACACGUGUGUGGUUGAGAACACGCUGGGGAAGGACAACUCCACUGGCACCGUCAACGUACAAAGCAUAACCACAACGCUAUCUCCAGGCUCAGGCCAUGCCCGAAAAUGCAAUGACACAGAGAAGGCCUUCUGUGUGAAUGGCGGCGACUGUUACUUCAUCCCGGGUAUAAAUAAGAUAUCCUGCAAGUGUCCAAAUGACUUUACUGGUGAUCGCUGUCAAACCUACGUUAUGGCCAGUUUCUACCAGCAUCUUGGGAUUGAAUUUAUGGAGGCAGAAGAACUCUACCAGAAAAGAGUCCUGACAAUCACGGGUAUUUGUGUGGCUCUGUUGGUGGUGGGCAUCCUGUGUGUGGUUGCCUACUGUAAAACCAAGAAACAAAGAAAGAAGAUGCACAAUCAUAUGCGACAGAACAUGUGUCCCGAACAUCCCAAUCGUAACCUUGCUAACGGACCUAAUCACCCAGGACCCGGCCCAGAGGAAAUCCCUAUGGUGGAUUACAUAUCAAAGAAUGUCCCUGCAACUGAGCGAGUCAUACGGCCCGCGACAGAGCGAUCGUUCCCAGCCAGUCACGCCUCUUCCAGAUCUCACAACUCUUCCACACGAGCCCACUCAUCAACUCAAAGACAUGAGGAACGGACAUGGAGCCUGGAACGCUCUGAAAGUUUCCUCUCUGACUCGCCGGGAAUGAUGUCAUCGUCCGUGGGGACCAGUAAAUGCAGCAGUCCUGCGUGCAUGGAGGCGCGGGCGCGGCGAGCUGCUCACUGUGGUUACUCUGAUCCCCAUCGGCCGGGGCUGCAGUACGGGGACUCGUUCGACUCGCUGGGAGACUCUCCGCACAGCGACAGGUACGUGUCAGCCCUGACAACACCAGCCCGCCUGUCCCCGGUGGAUUUCCAUUACUCGUUGCCCCCCCAGGUGCCUACCUUCCAGAUAACAUCCCCCAAUGCCAGCCACGCCAUGUCGCUUCCUCCUGCUGUCCACAACCCCUAUCCUCCAGAGGAUGACCAGCCGCUGCUGCGCCGCUACCAGGUGCCCCUCCAUGACGCCCAGUGCCAGGAGCCCUACCGGCAGCAGCGCCGCACCUACCUAAAGAACAGCAGGGGCAGCCUGCCCUCCAGCCCCUACCGGCUGGCCGAGGAAGAAGACUACGAGACCACCCAGGAGUACCUCUCCUCUCGGGAGCAACCAAAGACAAGUGGGUCCAGUGAAACUGGUAGCCGGCGCUGGAGGAGAUCCAGACUGAACGGCCACGUGGCCCCGCGUGGAUACGAGGCGUCUCGGGACUAUGGAUCUCGAAGCUGCCUAACAGAAAGCGAGUCAGAGGAGGACGGUGAGAGCACUCCCUUUCUCAGUAUGCAGAACAUGAACGCCGAGCCCUCCACCAUCUACAGGCCGGUGGACAGUCGGACUUCUCACUCAUCAGGGUGGCACAGCGGGCGUGGCAACAUGCAUACAAGACUCACACAGUCGCGCUCCAAACCGGACAGUACGCCCCAUUAAAGAGUGACGACGAACCAACGAAAAUCAAUAUAGCAUAGACCUGCAUCUAUAAGAAAUAUUUUUAUUUUAUAUAACUGACAGAUAUUCUAAAUAAAUGAAAUAUUUAUUUUCAUUUUAGCAAAAGUUGUCUACUAGUUAACAGCAAAGAAUUUUUUAUAGGGAAAACUCUAUUUAUAUGUACAUUUUGAUUUACAGCAUAAAAAAAGAUGUGCCAGUUUUUCACAACGUAAAAAAAAAAAAAAAAUAUAGAGUAAUAUUGUGGUGCCUUUUGCUGUUUGCCGAUGCCAGAGGGCCAGUGGAGGUUUUUGUAGCCUUUCUUAUAUGGACGCCUCAUUUUUUAUACACAUUUAUGUUCUUUUGUUCUGUCUGAUUUUAAUUUUAUUUUUUUUCCUAUCUCACUUUCUUUCCAAAAAAAAAGGCAUUCUUUGAGAAGUCUGUCCCCACUGGAGCAUAACCCCUUCCAUGUCACGCAAUAUAAACCACUUCAACAUAAAGUGUGUGUUUACAUUAAUAUGAUUCGUCCUGUAGGGUUUGGUGGUUCGGGGAUGGAACAGAACGCCCGAUAUGUAGAAUAUUUCUGAUGUAUGUGCCCUGAGAGACGGAGAAAGAAGAUGGUGAUGUUUGGGUUGAGUGCGGGUACAAAUGAAUCUGUGUGAGUGUAAUGUCGCUUGCAUGCUUUUGUGAAUGUUAGGAGAAUAUUAUGUCGUGAGAUUAAACGUGUGGAUCUCAGGAGAGCUGCCACUGACCCCUUUCCCUCUUCCCCUCUCCCUCCCCUUGUGCAGGUGGACAGGUAAGGCCGGGUUGUACUAUGCAGGUCAUUGCUUAAUGACGUGUUUACAACUAUCUGGCCCCAAGUCUUCCCCUAUUCUGUCCUUUUGGAAACAUCCUCGAACGAGGCCAACAAACGCUUAGCUGACGGGCACACAUGGGGCAUACCGACAUAGGAGACCAAAACAAAAGAUAUCAUCUGUUUUCACUCAAAACGACUUCUCCUCCCACAUCUCAUUAUCAUUCUGUUUCCAUUCUGUUUCUGUGGCUUGUUUUAAAGGCCACACAGUGUCUCAGGAUUUCCACAUAACCCCGCCCCACCCCACACACACCCACUUUCACCUCUCCCCACCCCUUUGAGUAAGGCCUACCUAAGACGACGGUUCUCGGAAGUUGAGGACCUGGAGGUAAACACGCAGUCUACCAGACCCACGUAAAGAAAAGGUGGAAGCGGCUCUGUUGAAGGAGAGUAAAGACAAUGUAGGGAAUUAGCUGUGAAAACUACGGAGGAUCAUACAAUGCAAAAAUAUGCAAACUUUACAUUUUGCUGUUUGACUACAUCAUUUUCUAAGAGGUGACUGUAGUGUGUUGUGUGCGCAAAAAAAAACUCUGUAAUGCCUGUAGAGUAGAAUGAGAAAAAUGGGUACCUACCUGAGUUAUUUUUUAAAGCCAUUAUGCAGACAUCUAUCCAUUUCUUUUAUCCAUCCUUUAUUUGCUCACAAAACAACUGUGUCCGUGACACAGGAUUUAAUUAGACCACUUCACGUCACACAUGCAUUCCCAAAUACUGUCUCGUCUAGUGGUACUGUGUACUGCUUUGUCUGUUUGACAGGUUUUAUCAUUUUGAAUUGAAUCUGUAAAUGAUCGUUUUUACCAAGGUGCUCAUAUAUUAAGCAACGUCACCCUCGUUUAAAGUAGAGAUGUGCCAAGAAUCAAACUCACCUUGUCUGGAGACUGUUCAAUCAAAUACUCAAACUGACUUUGCAAAACCAAAGGAGGCGACACCUGGAGAUGAGUGGGGUCAACAGAGUGUUGGUCUGUUUUGUUAAACAUUUCAGCUCUUUUCAGGUUUAUUCUUUUUUCAGGCUAAAUAGCAUUUGCAGGAAAUCCUGUGAUCUGUCUUGUUGGUAUGUCCUGUGCUAUAUGUUUUUUUAUGGCACGAGGUGAUGUGCGUGGUGAAGGUUUCGCCUUAAAUAUGCUCCUUACCUUGGCACAUAGACCAUCUGUAACCAGAAACCAGCUUUUACAAGUCAGGUGAUGCUAUGACUGACUUAUUUGAUCCAUUCAUAAAACGCAUGGAGGGAAUAAAAUAGUUCUACCUUUUUUUCAUAAAAGAGUUUGAACAGGAAGCCUAAGGAAGUAUGUAGAUGUAAGAAAUUAUACAAACUGAAACUAUUUUUCAUUGUUGAUUUGUUUUUUUCAUGCUGCAAAACUAAAUAGCAAGUAUUAUCUAGAUGCUGGGGAUUUUUCUCCCUCAUCACCAACUUGUACUUUUGCACUUUACAUAGUUUCUUACCCUUUUUAUUAGUUAUAGGAGAGAGCAGUCAGGAAGAGGACAUCAGUUAGGGACUCUAUUAGAAUAUUUAUUAUUUAAAGACAAAUCUUGCGAAUUUUGGGGUAUUACUCGACAUCUUUUCACACUCGAACAUGAAAGCUUCUAUAGGUUUUCUUAUUCACGGUGAGCAGCAUGUGCUUUAUAUGCCCUCCUUCCAAAACAUCCAAAGGUUACCCAGUCCUCUCUCAGCAGUGUGUCCCAGCUGUAGACAAGAAUAAGAGAACUCCAUCCCAUUUGCGUCCAGACCGUAAUGGCUGUAAUGUAAUUUUUUUAACUUCUACAUGGAUUUAAAAAGGAACCUAAACAAAUAUAAAUAAAAUGUGAGGAUGUAUUUUAGCUCGUAGGAUAAAGAUCUAAAAUUGUGACUUGUGAAGAAAGUUAAUUUGUAAUCUUGAACAUCAAGAUUACAAAUCUUGAUGUAAUCUUGAUGGGAUGCUUUUUUUUACACACUUGUUGCUUUCCCAAAAUGCCCUUUGCCUUUUAGAAUGGUUGUUACAAAUAUACACACUUCUCCAAUUGCAUAAAUAGCUACUUUGCUUAGUGAGGAGCUGACAAAACAAUGUUUUGCUACAUUAGCAAAGAAGCUAAAUGACUUGGAGUUGAUUCCUGUAGAUACCAGACGGCCGAACACGUUACAGAAAAUAUUCUCUGGAUUCCAGAAUCUUUAGGUAAUGGUUCACAUUGUCUUGGGAAUACACACAGAGACUGGUGUUUACAUCUACUAAUGCUAAGAGCGCUGAUCACGCUAAGUCCUAACUGAAGAUGCUAAGUCCAGCUUUAAAAGGUAACGCCAUCUCAAUAGGAUAUUGACUCUAUAUAUGACGAAGACAGAUAAAGGAAAAAAUCUAAUCAGAAAAUCUCUUAUCGGUGCAUCUCUACUUUAAAGGGACAUUGUAAGAAAUUAAGCCAAUGAUCACAUAUCACAGCUGGUCCUUUUUUUCUUUUCAAGAAAAACUGAAUUCUCAAUUGUCCCGCGAACAUUGACCCACAACUGUCAAAAAAAAAUUAUCUGCAAUUUGGAAAAUGCACAGAGGUAUAGUUAUAGACAGCGAUUUCUGGUCACACCUCCAUCACAGCUUCCAGAUAUUUCAUUGGGUUUCUCACCUCUGGGUCGAGUUUUGUAUGUCUGAAUGAGAUGAGAGACGACUCCACACCUCUAGUUUAAAUGUGACACCCUCUUCACUUUACCAAUCCUCUCACACAGUUGAAACGGUACCAGGCAUGUCCUGUCAGCCUCUUUAUUUUUUUUAUUUUAUGAUCCCCCACCCAUCCACACCCACACACGUGCACACACGAACACACACCUGACCCCGCCCCUCGCUUGAAAUGUUUGAACACCUCUCCUCUGCAUGUCUUUGUGAUCAAGGUUAGAUGGGUGCAUGGAUACUGAAAAAAAUAAAUAAAUAAGGAAGAAAAAUAAAGCAGCAGACAAUUAUUUUCGAGUCAGUGAAGGUGUAUUUCAUUUAACAUUCAGCAAUAAAAAGGAAUCCUUACCCCCUCACUCCCCACAUGUCAUUUCUGAAUUAUGCUAGAAAAAAAAUACGUUAAAAAUGCGAGACUGUCAUAGAUUGUAAAAUAAAGUGAAAAAUGAAUCCACCUGUUCAUAUGAAAAAUAAAUCUUUAUUCAUAUCA